CAGCUGCCGGUCGGUGGGCGGUGAUAGCUGGUAUUAGUCCUCAUUAAAUUGUUCCCACACAGACAGACUCAGUUCCUGUGUUGCGGAUCGGGAUUUUGAGCUGCUGGUUGGUGUGUUUGGAAGCCUGAUAGAGAUGGAAAUGAGCCAGGACAAAGUGCAGGAGAAAGCAGUUCGCCUUAUAGCUGCAGUUUGCAAUGACAUGGGAAUCGGAAAAGAUGGAAAACUGCCCUGGAAUUUACCGUCUGAAUUCCAGUACUUUCUCAGCACUGUCACAAGAGUGUCACGACCAGGAAAGAUGAAUAUGAUGGUCUGGGGCAAACUGUGUUGGUACUCCCGCCCCGAAAAUAUGUUCCCAUUGGCCAAUGUUCUGCAUGUGGUGCUGAGUGAGACACUGACCACAGCUCCAGAUCACGCACACUUCUUGUGUCAAGACUUUGGGAGCGCUGUCCGCCUUGCUGCGCAGUAUCCGCUCGCUGACCUGGUCGAGACCAUCUGGAUUGUUGGUGGGACUCGGGUCUACCAGGAUGCACUGAAGCACCCCUGGUGUGACUUGGUUUACUUGACAGACGUCAUGGCUGACUUUGACUGUGAUGUCUUCUUCCCUGAAUUUGACAGAGGACUCUUCAAAGUACAAGAAAGAUUUCCUGGUGUACCGAGCGGAAUCCAAGAGGAGAACGGCAUCAAAUACAAAUUCCAGGUAUUCAAGAAAGAAACAGGUGAUGCUGUGUAAAUAAACAGAAGAAAUGAAGAGAUUAUCAGGAAACAUGUCGCUAAAAACUCUUCAACCUUUACUGUAGAGACAUGCUUCUAAAACCAAACCAAGUGUGUUAUCGGACUUUUAUAAAUUCAAAAUGUCUAGUUAACACACUUUGUAUAAUAAAGCCAUUGAGCAUUCCAGUGUAAAUAUAACCUUUUAUUCUUUGCAAUAAUGAAAUACUUUGAGCACAGACACUUUAACAGCAGUCCAAGCCUUAUUGAUAUUCCUUAGAUUUAUUUUCCCCAUUGCUGCAGUUUGCUUGGAUAUUAUAAAAAUACCCUGCCACCCUCUGCUGUCACCUUAUCACUUGUCAGCGUUCCAAUCGCGUCCUCCUCAGUCAUAUUGCAGCUUCAAAGAAAAUAUGCUUGUCAGUGAGUCAGUCAGCAGCCUACAUCUGAUCCUGUCUGAGCCAACACGGCAGAUGCCAGUUUAGAAAGUGGGGAGUGAAUUAUAAUGCUGUUUUGCUUCAACACUAUGACUACAUCAUUCUUUGGAUAAAUAUGGAAAAAUGUUACAUCUUGGAAUUUGUUGUGUUUAGAAAUUGUAAGAUGCAUAUUUAUUGAUGAGGAUUGAUCUCAUGAAGAGAUCAUUUACAUUUUGUGAUUUUUUUUU